AGGGGGGAGGGGAGAGGGAGGAGGAGGAGGAGCCGGUGGGAGGGAGCGCGGAGAGCGGUGUCACCGAGCGCGUGAGGCGGGGGCCGGCGAACGGCGGGCGGGGGGCGGGGGAGGAUGGCGGAGCCGCGCCGGGUGCCGUUCAUUAGCCUGUCACCCGUGAGGCGCCGCGAGGGCGAGAGCCCGGCGCUGGAGCGCGAGCCGGGGAGCCGCGAGCCGGAGCCGCCGCCGGCGGGCCGCGAGGCGCCGCUGUUGGCGCCGCCAGAGCCGCCGCACGAGCUCUCCCGGCCGGAGCCGCCGCCGCCCCGCGAGAGCGCCGUCCGCCUGGAGCCGCCCCGCGAGCCCGGCCGGCCCGAGCAGCAGCCGCAGCGGGAGCCCCCCCGGCCCGAGCCGCCGCCGCUACCGCCGCCGCAGCUACCGCCGCCGCCGCGCCAGAGCGGCCGGCAGGAGCCGCCGCCGCCGCAGGAGGCGCUCCCGCUCCGCCAGACGGUCCGCCUGGAGGUGGUGCUGAAGGACCCCACCGAGGAGGGCUGCGUGGAGUUCAGCUACCCGGAGCUGCUGCUGUGCGGGGACUCGCGGAAGAAACUGGUUCACUCGGAAGAUCCAUUUAAUGAUGAACAACAUGAGCGGCAUGAAGUAGAAAUGCUAGCCAAGAAGUUCGAGGCAAAAUAUGGUGGAAAGCCCCACAAACAUCGGAAGGAUCGCCUGCAGGAUCUAAUUGAUAUAGGUUAUGGUUAUGAUGAAACAGACCCUUUCAUUGAUAAUUCUGAAGCGUAUGAUGAAUUGGUUCCUGCAUCCCUGACAACCAAAUAUGGAGGGUUUUAUAUCAACACUGGUACUCUGCAGUUCCGGCAGGCAUCUGAUUCAGAGGAUGAAGACUUCGCAGAAGAUAAAAAGCAUAGGCCACCUAAAAUAGCAAAGUUGAAAGAAAGUGAAGAUCGAGGAAUGAAGAAGCGCAAGCGGAAAGAUGAAGGGACAGAAAAGGAGAAGAAGCCUCGAAAAAUGAAAGUUCCUAAGCAGCUGGGAGUAAUGGCCUUAAAUUCACACAAGUCUGAAAAGAAGAAAAAGAAAUUGUAUAAAGACUCACUCUCUCUGGCUGCCAUGAUCCGUAAAUUUCAAAAGGAGAAGGAAGCCAUGAGGAAGAAGGAAUCUAGUCCAAAACCUCCAGUGACUGUUGCAACCUCUACCCCUAGUAAAAUUCCUUCCUCCUCUCUCAGUGCAGGAAAUGAUAUCUCUGACUUGAAUCUUAGGAUCAAUGAUCCUGUCCUCUCCAUUUUUGGUAGCACAAAUGAACGUGAGCUCCUGCAAGAAGCUGAAAGUGCCCUGGAGAUGCUGGGAGACAUUGACUUUGACAAGUUGCUUGAUGGCACUUCUGAUGGCAGCCCGGUAUCUGAGCUGUCAGGAGAAAAUGGAAAUGUCACUCAGGCAACCUACACCUCUCAGGUCAUGACACCCAAGCAGGUGCCUGCCCUCCCAGAAGGUCUGCCUAUGCUACUUGAAAAACGCAUUGGAGACCUUCGAACAGCCGCCAAGAUGUUUGAUGAAGAAGGCAGGAAGAAGUUUUUCACGCAAGACAUGAAUAAUAUUCUGCUGGAUAUUGAGCUACAGUUACAGGAGAUAAAUCCUGCCAUUCGCAAUGGAGUGUACUCUCACCUUGAGGCCUUUGUGCCAUGCAAUAAGGACACACUGAUAAAGCGUCUGAAGAAGUUACACCUCAAUGUCCAGGAUGACCGCUUGAGAGAACCGCUGCAAAAGCUGAAACUAGCUGUCAGUAAUGUCAUGCCUGAACAGUUAUGCAAGUAUCAGGAGGACUGUCAGGCCCGCAAUCAAGCCAAGAAUGCCAAGUUACAAGCAGAAGAUGAACGAGAGAAAAAUGGAUCGGAGGAGGAUGAUGAUGAGAAACCUGGAAAAAGGGUUGUGGGACCCAGAAAGAAGUUUCAUUGGGAUGACACAGUGCGGUCUCUGUUGUGUAAUCUUGUCAAGAUUAAGCUGGGAUGCUAUGAGCUAGAGCCAAAUAGAAGUCAGUCUGCUGAAGAUUACCUCAAAACCUUUAUGGAAACAGAAGUGAAACCACUUUGGCCUAAAGGCUGGAUGCAGGCAAGGAUGCUUUUUAAAGAAAGCCGAAGUGUUCACAAUCACCUUACUUCUGCUCCGGCAAAGAAGAAGGUGAUUUUGGCUCCUAAACCCAAAGUGAAGGACUCCAGUCCAAAGAAAGAACAGAAAACAUGUACGUCUUCAGUCAAUUCAAGUUGCGCUACUGUACUGAGUUCCGGCACACCUGUCUGCACCCCACCCAGCUCUAGCUGCCCACCAGCUCCAGAGACUAUCUGCUUGGACGACUCACUGGAUGAAGACCUCUCUUUCCACCCACCCUCACUGGACUCUAUUUCUGAUGCUCUGGCAGUUAUCAAUAAUGGUGCCAAGGGAUCACCUCUUGGGUCUACCAUAGACACACCAACAUCCAGACCUCGCCCUGGGCUGAGGGAAGAGAAACUAGCAAGCAUUAUGAGUAAGUUGCCCCUGGCAACUGCAAAGAAAGUAGAGCCCACUCAAACACCCCAUUCAUCAAGUCUUAUUGCUGGUCACACAGGGCCAGUACCAAAGAAACCCCAGGACCUAGUUCACACUGGUAUCUCUUCAGGCCUUAUUGCUGGAUCUUCAAUUCAAAAUCCUAAGGUUUCCUUAGAGCCUUUGCCAGCCAAACUACUUCAGCAAGGACUACAGAGGUCAAGCCAGAUCCAAGCUGCUUCCUCUUCUUCGCAGACUCAUGUUUCUUCCUCUAAGACCCAAGCAGCUAUUUCCACCUCCUCUCAAAGAGCCAAGGAUUCUAAUAUAUUGGUAUCGUCUGAGGCUCAAGGUGGUUCUUCGUCAACAUCACAAGUGACAAAGGUGCACCAGCAUUCAGCUGUACAGCAGAAAUAUGUAUCUCCUUUACAAGCAACUAUUAGUAAAUCACAGACCAAUCCAGUGGUAAAAUUGAGUAGUAAUCCUAAACUGUCUUGUUCAUCACCAGUCAUGAAAGCUCAAGAUAAGUCUGUAGUAUAUCGCCUGCCUUUGUCUAAUCCCUCAUCUGGAAGUGGCUCUCAAGUGUCUCAUCCACUGGUUUCUCGGACAACAUCCAGCACCUCUACCUCUAGUAACUAUUUAGCCAAGGCUAUGGUGUCACAAGUUUCUUCCCAGGGUUUCAAGCCUCCCUUCUCCAUGGCUGCCUCUCCCAAACCUGCUGCCUCUCCCAAGCCUACUGCAUCUAAGCCCUCUGUGACACCCAAGCCCAAUGCAUCACCUAAAUUUUCAUCUAAGUCCACCUCAUCCCCUAGGCCUGCAACAACACCCAGUUCUUCCAGUUCAAGUGCACUAGUUUCCCAGAGUAGUCACUCCAGCAACAACCCCCUUCAUAAACAGACCGGUGGUGUAAAUAUCAGCAGGCAGUCUCCCACAAUGAAUCUGCUGCCCUCUAAUCGCACCUCAGGCCUUCAGCCUGCAAAGAACCCUCAGGCCUCUUCAAAAUUGCCCAACUCUUCUCCUUCUGGAACUGUUGGUAAAAAUAAUUUGGGUGGAGUUGGAAUGAAUGUACCUGCCAACAGAGGCAGUAACCUUAACUCAAGUGGAGCUAGUAGGACUAGUCUGUCUGGGGGAGCAGGAAGUGGAACACAGGGUGCUACUAAACAAUUGUCAACUCCACACAGACCAUCUUCUGCCUCAGGGUCUCCAGUUGUAGCAGCCAGUGUGCAGUCAACAGCAGGAGCAUCAUUACUGGCCAACGCCUCACCUCUGACUCUCAUGGCAUCACCCCUGUCUGUAACCAGUCAGAACGUGACGUCUGCACCAUUAACUCCUUUUGGGAUGCUGGGUGGCCUUGUUCCUGUGACCGUGCCCUUCCAGUUUCCCUUGGAGCUGCUUGGCUUCGGGACGGACACAGCUGGAGUGACAACCACCUCGGGAUCUACCUCAGCGGCUUUCCACCACAGCCUAACUCAGAACUUACUGAAGGGUUUACAGCCAGGUGCUCAGCAUGCAGCAACGCUGUCUCACUCACCUCUGCCUGCUCACUUGCAGCAAGCUUACACAGAUGGAGGCCAAAGUAAAGGGGACACUAAGUUACAGCGGAAAAACCAGUGACUUCUGGACAAGCAAGGGAGCUGAAGCAGUUCUGGUUGGCUGACAGAAUCUGCCCAGUUGGGAAAGUGCUUAUUGUCACAGGGCUGCUGUUUCUGUCGAUGUUUACAUAUUCUGAUCCCAAGCACUGUGGUGAGAGGAAGAAGAAAAAGAAAACAAUACUUGAUCAAAGAGAGAAGGAAAAGGAGGACUGGUCCUCCUGGUCAUGCAGACUGGUCAUAGUUUGAUCUUGCCUAAAGAAACAAGCUUUUUUUAUCUGCUCUGAUUGGCUUUUAAAAGAAAUUGAUCGUCAAACCCACAGCAGCACAAACUUUUUUGUUUCCCCUCCCUGGGUGAUGUCCAAUGAAGAGUUGAAAGCGUGAGAGGAGCUAGAAUAGGUUUCUCCAUCCAUUGUGUAAGGUGGUGUCAUCCACUUCAUAAGUGCCCAGUAUAAGAUUAUGUGCAGGUCCUGAGUGUACUGUAUGGUUGUGGACCAAAGGUUAUGUAGAAUAGGGGUGGUGCUGGGAUACUUUGCAUUAUAAUUAAUCCCUUAUACAAAUGCAGUUUCUGAUAUGGGCAUUUUUCCAGCUUUAUAAGGCUGUUUGGCUUUAGGGAGCCUACAGAUGUAUGCAGUCUCAUUAGAGAGUUGCGUUCAAAAACAGAUCUCCUGGUACAUUCAGUUGUGUGAGACAGACUACUGGGAAAUCCCUUUCUCCUAAUUUGAUUUUUUUCUUUAAUAUAAACAUUCUUAUUUAAGGGAGGAAGAGGAUGGAAAUUUUCCCAUUUACAUGAAAAGGAAACCCACAUUUUAUUCGUCAGACUAGCAUUUCUUUCCCACUUUUUUUUUUUCAAAAAAACACCUUUUUUUUCCUCAGUCCUUCCAUUUGUUAAAAUUUCUUUGCCUUUGUCUUGUGCUUAUCUGCUGUGGAAAUUAGCAUGUCUUUUAUAAAACACAGCCAGUUCUUUAUCCAUUCUAGAUCUUCCUCAUCUUUCAUCUAACUCCUCCCAAAAGCCAUGCAUUAUACUGAUUUGCUAGUUAAAGCAAGCUGAUGGUGACCUAUUCCAGAGCCAGGUUAGUACUGCUUCAGGCAUUAGCCAAAGAGGAGUCGUUCAAAAGCGACCAGAGGUGCCUUCUCUUCUGGGGGCUGAAUGGGUUGUCUUCAGCAUUUCCAGCCCCUGCUGGCCUGGGGAGUUCCUGACCUGAACUCUUUUCUUACAUGGUAGCACAAGACUGCAAAGCUGGCUUGCCUUCUCCACCUCCCCCACCUACCCACCCCCAGAUAGCAAUACAUAAACCGGUUCAUUUGUAAGUGAGGAAGUUUCCAGCACAUGUUGCACUUUCAACACUAGGACAGAACUUUGCUGUUGAGUCCCUUGCGCUGUCAGAUAACAGGUGAGAAUGGCAGAAAUUGUACUUAAGUCAUAGGGGAAAGGAGCAAAUAAAACAGUAUGAUGCCCUUCUUCAACCCCGAAGCAAUCCUUUGCUCAGAGAUACUGAAAUUCCUAGUAGCUAGCCUUUCCAGUAGUUUGAGAUUGAACCAGUGGCUACUGGUUGUCUUACACCUCCCAGAGAGACUUUGACCCAUGGAUAAUGAAUCUUAAAUGUUUUUUGAUAGAUUAACUUAUAGCUUUCAGGUUUCUUUUACAUGUGAUUUAUUUUUCUUAGACCAGACAAUUUCUUUUCUAUUUAGAGCUCAUUUUAAUUUUAUAUAAAUAUAUAUACAUGAAUUUAAAAUAAUAUAUAUUGUGUAUUUAGUAUAAAACUGUUGGGUUGAGCUCAGCAAUAAAUGUUUUUGCACAACACUUCUGUGAAAGACAGAUUGAAUUAAAAUAAGAUGCAUUAGUUCAUUAAUUUCACUCCAUAGCAUCUGCCAAUUAAAUGUGUUUUAGCUAGUGCUGAUGUUUUGUAUGUGGCGUGUUGGUUAGAUGAGCUUGCAUCUCCAUCGUCAAGGUUAGAGUUAAAACACACAGCUACGUAGACUCUGGCAUUCUUAAUACUGUGCAAAUUCCACCAAAAUACCAUAAACUAUUUACAAUGCAAACUUGAUCUGAUUUUUUUUUUUUUUUCCUCUUUCUCCAGGAAGGGUUGGAGGAAGAUGGCUUUUGGUUUUUGAGGCCAAACAGUUCUGGCAGGAUGCUAAUUCUCUAAACUGUACCAGACCUGAUAGCUUUUAACAGUGCAUGUAGCUAAGGGAGUUGCAGCAGUCAGCCCUCAGGCAGCAAUAUAUUUAAAAGACCCUGUCCUAGGAGAGUUCUACCUCUUCUAUGUUUUCCUCAUCAAGGCAUGUCAUUCAAAUUGCCAUCUUUUGUCUUUGUACUUAAUGAAAUAUUAGAUUGGGAGACUUGAAACCUUUAUAACUACAGCACAAAUUUUCUUUCAACAUUCCUUUCUUCCUGGAAGUAUGCCUCAUCUUCAGUUGGGAAGCAUCCUCUCUAAAUCUUAAGAAGGGUAGGAGUAUUCCUGUCUGUGUGGCCUAUUGAGCUUCUCAGUCUUGGGAAACAAGUCAACUAAUACUUAUUUUGGAAAUAGAUAGUAGGAUGAUCAGAAUAAAGAGGACCACACGUUGUUCAUGAAGCCAGUUCACACAGCCUCCCAAGACAGUAUCUGUUCUCAGUUAUUAUGCUUCUGAGCUUUGGAAUCAGCAACAUAAUGAUGAAAGAGUCUAUGUUCCCUGUUCUCCCUGGUUAAACCUAGCAAGGCCAAAUCAAAGGAAAUAAUAGGGUGGCUCUCAGAGACCUUUGCAGGUAGCAUAAACAGGAUGGGGAAGUAAAAGAUACCUGCAACAUCCAAAUGCAAAAUUAGGUUAAUACUGUACUAUUUUCUGCACAGCAGCAGCUCUUCUACAGACAUUUCCCCCCAAGUUUUUACUAGUUUUUAAGGGCCUUUGUUAAUAAGUAAACUGUAGUUGUACAUACUAAAUAACCCUCAGUAUUCACAAGCAAUAAGAAAGCCAAGUAGAGCUGUCUUUUCCAGACAGCAGGGCUGAACUCGGUUUGGGGACUGUAUAUGAGCAACAUGUCAAGCUCACUGAAAGCCCCAAACGCAUGCAAGCAAUAAUUUCAAACACAGGUUUUAAUGUUAAAACCGUCUGGGUAAUGUUUUUCUGCUACAUGAUCCAAAGUCCCAAAAGUCAUGGUAGCUAUUUUAUAUCCUUUUGAGACACUUGCAAAGGAAGAAGGCAGGCUAGAUGAAAAUCGGGCUGCAAAGUUCCCCGAUACCUUGGGCUGCAGUGUUAUCCUAAUCCAAGAUGCAAAUGGCUGAAAUCACUUCGUCCAGCCUUCUCUGUUGAUUUGAGAUACAUGACUAAUAGCUAUCAACUAAGUCACAAGUGUGGAUGCUGUGGGUUUCACAUCUGUUUUCUGCUAAUCAGAAGUAACUUUUAAUUACCUGGGUUCUGCUUCUUGUUUGAAUCCAAUCAAAGUUGUCUGAUGCACAGAUUUGGGGGUGGGACAGGUGCCAAGAGCCUGUUUCCUUCCUGCAGUCCCAUCGCCUACCUGACCCUUCCUCCACACUCCUUCUCCACUUGGUGCAAGACCCUUGAGGACAUGAAAACAGAGAAAUCCUGCAACUCUCCCAAGCUGCCAUCAGUUGUGUGAACCAUUAACCCUCUGGGAGUCAUCUUGGACUCCAACUAACUUUAUCACAUUUGCUGCUACAUUCGUAAAAGGAACUUUUGGCUGUAUUUAUUAGCAAAUUCUAAUCUAGUUUACAGGUUUUGGUUUUCUUUUGAGUAGUUUUUUUCCACAGAUGGAUUAGAAGUGUUGGGGUGUUUGGGUUGGUUGGGUUUUGUUUGGGUUGGUUGGGUUUUGUUUGGGUUUUUUUUUUCCCUUUUUUUGUUAGGUGGGGGGGGGUGUUGUUUGGUUUUUGUUGGGUUUUUUUUUUUUUAGGAGUGAAUUGGUGGAAGCACAGUGGUCCCUCUUCUGCUUUUUAUUUUGGAUUUUUUUUUGAAGAUGGCAUUGCAGGGAAAACCUGGAGCCAAGCCAAGCUGUUGAAGGCUUCCUCCUACACUUCCAUCUUUUCAUGAAUCGGGGGGAAAUCAUAAAAGGGACACUUGCUUUGUGUUUGGGUUUGGUUUUUGGUUUUGUUUUUUUCUCCAUAAAAUGAAAAAGGAAGGUGAAAGCAGUAGGUAAAUGACUGAUUAAUUAACACUUUAUGCAAUUUUAAUUUUAUAGAAAUUAAAAAAAAAGGUUAGUAGAUUUUGGUUGGUCUUAGCUCUGGUGAAAUGGCUGUUACCCUCCAUGACUUACUUGAUUCAGGCCUUUGUCCUUUGUUUAAGUGCCUUUUUUUUUUUUUAAAUUUUAUUUCCCUACCCACUUUAAACUGUUCUCAGAGAUCCUGAAGUGCUGGAGGGCAUUUUGGAGGAAAAUCUUAAGCUUGCCAAGAUGGCUUUAUGCUGUUAUACUAUUUGUUCCCUUUUGUAAAGAAAACAAAAGUGUAAUGUGUGUAACCUCAUAGCUGCUGUACCAUGGCAUUGGUUCCGUGUGCUUGUGCAUUCUUUCUCUCACACUCAUACACGUGCACACACACAUAUACAGCAAUAUUCCCAUGAAACCUGUUCAUACUCCUACAUUCUGCUGGCUCUGAACACUUAACGGUGAACACUUGUGCAAAGAUGGCAGUACAAUAAAAAGAGUGUGUGUGAGUGUGCAUAAAUGUGCAUGAGAGAAAGGAAGUGGCUAAUGGGAAUGAAGCUUCUUGCAUUUUUCUCUGAAGGUUUUAGAUUUGGAUCUUAAUUAGGUUAUGAGUAAACAUUAUGGGCCCUGUCUGGCAACCUUAUUAAAUACUGGACCACUUCACACAAUUACUGAGUCUGAGGCAAAGAUGUGUGACUGACAGCCCCAAGGAGGUGUGUGGGGAGAGGAGGUUAAAAUAGCAGCUCGUGACAAGUUUCAGUUGAGAUGAAUUGUGAGGAAUGUUGUGUGUGGCUACUCACAUCUGCCUAACACGGUUAUUGUGAGGAUUCUCACAUUUACCGGAAUUUAUACUUUCUGCUACACAUCAUGUGUAAGAAGGAAUUUGGUAAAACCUGCAGGAGUGCAGCUGCUAACUGAAUUUAAACCUGGCUAUGCUUCACAUGCUGCCUAAAUCAUGCACCAUGAAGUACUUUUCUAGUUGUACUUUUUCUCAGUUUAUUGAGAUUUCAUUAAUGGUUUGUUCUCUUAAUAUAAUGAACAGUAAGUUCAUGUGGUGUUAGCUGCAAGUGAACCCUUAAAGUAGUGACUGUGCUUGUUUUCUUGUUCUCUGGCAAAAUUAGUAAUCAGCAAUAGGUCAUCUAGUGGUUUUAACAAUUCUAUGCCGAGGAUCUAUUUAACUUGCCAUAAACAGGCAUACCUGAAAUCAGUAAUUCACUUGGUCAACGAGUGCUAAACUUAAGGUAACACAUGUACGCAUCACUAGACUGCGCUAGUGCUGUGAUGUCCUUCCCUUAGGGAAGAUCUAAUUUUGAGUUGCAAUGUGAAAAGGAAGCAUUUACUUUCCAGAAUGGAAAUGGAAUGAAGAGUCCUUCAUAAGUGGAGAACUCGUCUAGAGAACACAUAAGAUAGCAAAUACAACAUGUUCCUGUGGCAGAGAACAGUCUAACUGCUAUUUCAGUUCUUAGCUUGUCCUCACAUGUUUGAGUGAACCUGUUUAUGUAAACUAGGCCAUAGGCAGAUUUCUUCUACCACUCUAAUGGUGCCAGUCAAAGACAGGACUAUUGCUGGUAGCUCAGCCAGUUGGAGUGAUAGUGAGGGUGCUGCUUAAUGUGCCUUAGGUACAUCAUUGAAGUUACUUCAGGGGAAUUUGCCACAUCCACCUGUGGCAGUAAACUGAGCUAACCUGGCUCUUCUGUCGCUGUCUAAUUCAUGUUGGGCACACAAACUCUUUAGCCUAGGCUGAUCUGUGAGAUGGGGAAUCUACAGUUGGUGAUGAUGGGUACUGUUGCAGUCUUUUUUAACAAAUGCAGCUGUUGUGAAUAUCUGUCUGUCUGCUGCUUAAGAAAUCUCUGCCAAAAUAAGCAGCCAGAAGUAUGCUUACUGGGUCAGUGGAAAGAUAACCAUUGUGUAGGGGAAUGCUUUGUUUGUGGAUACUUCUGGUGUGGCUUCAUCAUCCUUUCUCUUAUGACCCAGUGAUCCCUUGCUGCUGUAAUAGCCUUUUCGGGCCGUAGAAAGCCCUGCUGCUGCUAUUGAGUUAUGCUGAGAGAUCAGCAUGGCCUGGAACUGGCCCAAAACUGGGGAAGUACAAAGAUUCCCUACAGCUGUUUUUGCACACUUCUCAUAAAUAAAACUGUGCUAAUCUUGUCAGUAGUCAAGGAUAUAGGUCUGUAUUUUUGUAGCAGUUUCUGACAGCUAUAAUUCUACAGAGCAACUCUGGAGAAAAAACAAAAAAAACAAACCCAAGCCACCGUGUUUUAUAUCUAGAAGUGAAUUUCAGUCUCUUCCCUUGCCAUCAUCUCCUGCUUAGGUGAUAACCAUUAACUAGUAAGUUUUUCUUUAUGGUGAAGUAAUCCAAAGCAAGCAGCGUACACCAUGUUUGACUCCUAUCAUGCUCAGUACUAAAGGGUUUUGGUUGGGGGUUUUUUGGUGGUGUGUUUUCCCAGAAGUGUGUGCAGAUUUAUUUUAUCAACAGACAGUUGAUUUGUUACUGUCUAAUACCAAGAGAAAAAGAAAGAAAAGCAACGAAAACCAGUCAGGAGAUACCACCAUCACAGGCCGAACCACGUAGCUGCUGAGGCAGCCAGGGCUUCUUUGAGACUUCCUAGAUUUCACCAGAGGAGUGGAAAGUGGGGCAAGAAACUUUCUGGUGUGCUCAGCUUUUUCCAUAUAAGGCCUUAGUUUGAUUAGUAGUCACUAAUAUCAACUAUGCAGAUAAGUAUUUACAUGUUUCAGUGUUACAUGCAUUCCUUCCCCCAGCUACCCCUCUUAACACACGUGGAAGUUUUACCCAAAGAAAAUGGAAUAUUUUUUGAAUGUCUGUACUGCAGAAGUCUUUUUUGCUAACGUGAAGAAAGAAAUUUGUAUUUUAAAAAAGAAACCCUUUCACUGGUGCAACACCUAGUGUCAAGUGUCAUGAAGUUGCUUCGAGAGGGAAGCUAAAAUCACCUCUUGUGACAGGUUUGAGUGAGAGUUUUUUAGAAUAUUCAGCUCUCAGAAUUGGUUUAAGAAGCUGCAGCAAUGUUUUGUUUUGUUUUUCAAAAUGUACAGAUUGGGUUUGGGGAAGAACUAGUGAGACAUCCCAGGUUUCUUUCUGGUAUCAGAAGUAAAUGAAAUCAAUUUCUCACUGAAAUGAAGUUGCUUCUAAACAAGGGGAGUUAUUUGCUACACAGUAGCUGGAUCUUUAAAUAAAAGCUAAACUGUGAUCCCCAGGUAUUUUUCACUGAUCUCCUAGUUUUGUUGUAUGUAACUACAAAUAACAAUUUAGCUCAGAGGUGAGAACUGUAGUGUGUGUUUUAUUGCCAGUGAUUCCAUCAUGUAGCAAUUAGUACCAUGUUCUUACAUAGUUCUCAAGAUCCAUACUGGAAAUAGAUGGAGAAAUUUUAUUUUUGGACUACUGUUUAAAAAAAAAUUACAAAAUUAACUGCUACUUUUUACCCCCAAAAGUCUACUGAGCGUUUUAUAUUUUAGCAUUUAAACUAGUGCCCUUGUUAAGUGAUUUGUCUCUUGUAGUCUUCUUUUGCUGAGGGUUAGAAGCAUUUAAUGAGUAAUCCUUAAAAUGUUGGCAUUUUCUAGCUUAAAGUGAGGUGCUUAUAAUAAAAGGGCAUCUGUGAUGAUAACUUCUAUUCAAAAGCACUAUGUUCAGAAUAUUUAAUUGGGGAAGAAAAAGAGUGUGAGCUCAAGUCCCUUUAGUUCUGCCUGAUAAGAGGCUCAGUCAUGAACAGAGCAUCCAAAUACCUGCCUGCACAGCUAACGGUCGUGGGGAUCAUCCCCUCGACAGAGGUUUGGCCUCAGUAUCCUUUGUUUGGUUUCACUUACGGAGUGUAUAUUUGCAAGUUUGGAUACAGCCAGCUUAACUGUACCUGAUUCGCUGUAAUCCCCAAGACAAUAAAAGGCUGAGAAACAAAUUAACAGUGUUUCCUGCCUUUCACUAGGUAGCCCUUUUGCUAGGUAGCUCAGAACAAACAGCUGGCCAAGUGCUGUGUUAUAAAUGAAUGUUAAAUCACAGCUAGAAUUCUUUGCAUUCCUUGACUUCAAACAAAGGAAUGCAGUUACUAUGAGAUAGCAAACCUGUUUGAGUUGCUGAUUCCUGUGAUGCUUUACUCAGUCCAGCAUGAAUUUGUACAAGGUCACCUUCCUCCUUUUAAUACUUGCAUAUUUUGGAUUAUAGGGCUUAGUGAUGGAGAGAGGAUCUUAACAGCUGCGUGCUCACCUGAUGAGCUCUCCAGAGAAUCUCCCCUGUGAAAUGCUCCCCUCUUGUGACAACAAGCCUGAACAGCCAAAUGCAGCUACAUUUGGGUGGCUAGCAGCACUUUCAUUUGGAUUUUUAGGGAGAUGUGUUCCAAUAACUUCAAGGGAUACUGUGUGUUAAAUAUCUGAUUUCUUUCCUCUCUCCUUAUAAAACUGGACCUGAAUGCAAGUUUUGAGUUGUCUGGGUUUUUGUGGGUUGGGUUGUUUUUUGUUUGUUUGUUUUUUUGUUGUUUUGGUUUUCUUUUUUGUGUAAUAAUCUCAGGACCUGAAAGAUUGUAGCAUUUAGUGUGUCUUAAAAAUGAUGUACUGUACCAGCCAUGGAUUUUGUAAAUACACCUGUCUCCCUUUUUUGUAUUUUAAUUUUUUAAAAGUGUGUAAGGCUCUUUGCCAGAGGAACUGGUGCCUGCUUAAUUUCCAUCCUGAACUGAAGCAGGAAAAGGAAGAAGCUGCUGCCACAAAAGCCCGCAUCAGUUCCAAAUGUGUAUAUUGUUCUGGUCAGUUUAAUGGCUGUUAGUCUUUUGUUAGUUGGGAAGUCCGUUUGUUCCCCUGCACGUUCCCCGUUGUGGCUAGCAGAGCCCUAUCAGGGAGACUAAUUUUUACUCUUGUGUGUGACUACUUGAUGCUUUGACUCCUUCCAGAUACUCAGGUUUGCUAUCCCUGAGACGUCUGUUUCCAGAGGUCAGGACUAUCGACCAUCUGCAAGAAUAGCCAGAGAGUUUUAUGAGUGCUUUGGUCCAAACACAGUAAUAGGGUUUGUAUCCUGUGAACCUUGCAGAUAACCACCUCCACCUGUUCCGAAAGGUGGACUUGCCCUUUUAUUUUCAGCUUUCCUGAAAGGAGUGCAAAGAUACUUUUUUUGGCAGCAGACUUUGCUCUGCGAUCCAACCUUGCUGGCAGACCCCUGUUCUGCAGUAGGAGCCUUACUCAAUUCAGCGUAGCUGUUCCCUGUCCCUAACUGUGACAGGCUUUUUUCAUGAGUGUACUUUUCUUUUUUAAUGUCAUGUGUCUGUGCUGUAUUAAAUAAAGAGGAAUGUACAUAUUA